UAAAAUGGAGAGAACCGAGUUUACUGUCACAACAAUCCUUUCAUUAGUGAUUUCAGUGUUGGUACUGGUUUUCUUCAUUAAAUAUCACUGGAACCGAAGAUGGCUCUACUACCAUUCGUCCAAACUACCAGGACCAUCAUCAUGGCCUCUAAUCGGAAGUGCCCAUUAUUUUCUGGGAGGAUACGACGAUAUGUAUCAAGCAAUGUUGCGGAUGACCAAAUCGCAGCCACCACGUUUCAAAGUCUGGUUGGGGCAAGAUUUAAUUUUUGUGACUUCGCGACCCGAAGAUUGUGAAAUUAUUUUGAAUAAAUGUUUCACGAAAGGGACAUUUGCCAGAUUUAUGGCUCCAGUGUUCUGGGAUGGGUUACUAACCUCUCCUGCAAUUAAGUGGAAAGGGCACCGAAAAAUCAUAAACCCGUCAUUCAAUAUACAAAUUUUGAACUCAUUUAUCGACGUUUUUAAUAAACAUGCGCAAAAAUUAGUCGAACGAAUGCGAAAUCAUUCUAGCAAUAAAUCAGUUGAUAUUUCCUAUUGGCUUUUCCGAAGCACCGUUGAUAUAUCAUGUGAAACUUUGAUGGAUGUUGACGCUGAUUUAAUCACCGGGCAAGACGAAUACAUCAAUGAUUGUAUCAAGGCUGAAAAAUUCUCAUCAAUUCGCAUGAUAGGGGUGUGGUACCAUCCUGAAUUUCUUUGGAAUCUUUCCCCCCUUGGAAAACUAACCCAAGCCACUUCCAACAACAUUUUGGCUUUUGUCCGAAAAAUGAUAAAUACAAAAAAACAGCAACCAGAAAAGUGUAACGAUGACUUUUCAGUUGAUUUGAAAAAGAAACAUUUCUUGAAUAAUCUCCUUAAAAUGUCUGAAAAUUUUGACGAUGAGGAUAUUUUAGAAGAAACUCAAACUAUGUUACUAGCAGCUAGUGAAACAACAGGUUUGACAAUGAGUUCGAUUUUACUCGUUUUAGCAAUUUUCCCAGAAGUUCAGGAAAAAAUCUACGAAGAACUUGAUUCAAUUUUGUGGAAUAAUGACAAUGAAAUAACUCUGGAACAUAUCAACAAAAUGGUUUAUCUUGAAGCUGUUAUCAAAGAAGUAAUGAGAGUAUUACCAACUGUUCCUUAUAUUAACAGAAUAAUGACCGAAGACCUCCAUUUAGAAAAUUGCACUGUCCCAACUGGCAGUAACAUAAUUAUUAGUAUAAAAAAUAUCCACGAUUCGCCCGAUUUGUGGGAAAACCCUCAGAAAUUUAAUCCUGAAAGAUUCUUAAAUAAGGAGGAAAUAAAUCGCUCUCGUUGUGCUUAUAUGCCAUUUGGUUUCGGUCCAAGAAAUUGUAUAGGUUUCAAAUUUGCGAUGCUUUCCAUGAAAGUUAUGUUGGCAACACUGUUGAAAAACUUCACGUUUGAACCGGCUAUAUACAACUCCAUUGAAGAAAUCGAAUGUUUCUACAAUAUUGUAGCUAAACCAAAGAAAGGGUACAAAGUGAAAUUCACCGAAAGAAAACUGUAUAAUAACAAUAAUAAAGAGUAACUCUGUACUCGGUUUAAAAAAUAAAAAUAUUUUAUUAAAAAAAAAAUUUACUCAAAAAUUAACGCACUCAUAC